AUGUCGACUUUCCAGAACACAGAAAACGUGAAGGGGGAUUCUUGCUGCAUCACUGCAGUGUUUGACAUACACAAGUCGGACUCCAGUCACGUAACUACUACCGACAACACCACCGUCGUCGGCACCGUGAUCGGUCUCGGCAUCGGAGGGUCGACUCGACUGAAUCUGAGCACCAUCAACUUCAACGACAUCUAUUCUGCGUUCAAUCGAGUAGUGAAGAACAUACCCAUACUUCUCGGGUACACGGUGAAAAGCCUCUCGGUCAUGCCCAACAACAAACUGGAGGUAAGACUAUUUGUCGAUCCCAAAUAUAGUCUGUUGAGUUAUGAGCUGUGGCUCGUUCGGGUCGUAGGACAGGCUCUGCUCUUGUGGUUUUACCACGGUGCAGUGUCACACAUCAUGGUGACACACCGGGACCAUUUGCAGAAGAUACACCGUGAAGCUGUGGGAUGGUGUCCCUGUGCAAUGUUGACCGGUUUCGACGACAGCGAGUCUUGUACUUGUGCUUUGUGGGACACGACAUGUGGGACAUGGACGUUCGUCACAGCCACGUCCGAGACCAUUUGUUGACAUAUCGGACAUAUCGGCAAAUGCCAUGCGAUAUCUCUUCCGUGUGUAGCGGUGUCCACAUGACAGAUCUCUCAGAUGAGGAACAGACACUUCUGAUGAAGAAAGUCGCCUGGAUAUUUCAAGGCUUUUCUGUUACCCCCAAACAACACGCCAUGAUGGGGAUCCGUUCGAGCCUACGCAUACCUUGUGAUUUCACGAAAACCCAAAAUAUUGUACCGCAAGUAUACAAGUUGACAGACUGUCAGAAUGAAACACGUGCGGAGAUGUACAAUUGUCAGCAAGCCGAAGACCAGAUGACAUAUAUUCACUUGUUGAGGAAAUGGACAUCUUGGGUUUCCAGCAUUGUCGUCGAGUAGUGACACACACCUACAAUAUUACAAGGAAAUCACCAGAUUCUUUAGAAAGUAAGCAUUUCACUGUAAUGUCUGUACCCUCAAUGUGACCAAUAAAAGUUGAUUUGAUUUGAUUUGCAAGGGUCCCGUUCACAGCACACACUCGCUCUAACACUCUAACACGUAGCCUGGGUCGUUUUGACCCCAGCCAGGACAGGAGAGGACAACGCUAGGGGUCAUACAGCCACUCGCUCUAACACAUAGGCACUGACACGUAGCCUGGGUCUUUUUUGACCCGGACAGGACAGCGGGAGGAGAUAUACAGCCAAUCGCUCUAACACAUAGGCACUGACACGUAGCCUGGGUCGUUUUGACCCCGGACAAGAAAGGACAAGACAGGACAGCGGGAGGAGAUAUACAGCCACUCGCUCUAACACCUAGGCUCUAACACGUAGCCUGGGUCUUUUUGACCCCGGAAAGGACAGCGGGAGGAGAUAUACAGCCACUCACUCUAACACGUAGCCUGGGUCUUUUUGACCCGGACAGGACAACGGGAGGGUUAAAGCAGUAUCCAAAUCCAUAGGAUGAAGUGAUCACAAUAUAGUAGUCAUAUCUAGGAAAACCAAAGUUCCAAAGACUGGGCCUAAUAUAGUGUAUAAGCGGUCAUACAAUAAGUUUUGUAGUGAUUCAUAUGUUGAUGAUGUAAAUAAUAUUUGCUGGUCUGUGGUGUGUAAUGAGGAGCAACCAGACACUGCACUUGACACAUUUAUGAAAUUGCUUAUUCCAGUUACUAGGAAGCACGCACCCAUUAAGAAAAUGACUGUAAAAACUGUUAAAUCCCCUUGGAUUGAUCAGGAAUUGAAAAAUUGUAUGGUUGAGGGAAUGAGGCAAAAGGUAUGGCAAAUAAGUCUGACAGCCCAACUGAUUGGCAAAUGUACUGCAAAUUAAGAAAUCGUGACUAAAUAAAAAGAAGAAACUACACUAUGAAACGAAGAUAAAUGACAAAGAAUGACGGUGAAAAGCUUUGGAGCAUCUUAAAUGACAUUUUGGGAAAAAAGGCAAACUCGGCUCCAUCGUUCAUUGAAUCAGAUAGCUCAUUCCUCACAAACCCCACUGAUAUUGCCAACUACUUGAAUGACUUUUUCAUUGGCAAGAUAAGCAAACUUAGGUAUGACAUGCCAGCAACAAACACUGACAAUGUGUAUACUGUGUAUAUCUCACUGGUCAUCCCCAAAGCCAACACCUCCUUUGGUCGCCAUUCCUUCCAGUUCUCUGCUGCAAAUGACUGGAACGAACUGCAAAAAUCUCUGAAGCUGGAGACACUUAUCUCCCUCACUAUCUUUAAGCAUCAGUUGUCAGAGCAGCUUACCGAUCACUGCACCUGUACACAGCCCAUCUGUAAUUAGCCCACCCAACUACCUCAUCCCCAUAUUGUUAUUUACAUUGUUAUUUAUUUUGCUAAUUUGCACACCAGUAUCUCUAUUUGCACAUCAUCUUCUGCACAUCUAUCACUCCAGUGUUAAUACUAAAUUAUAAUUGUAAUUAUUUUGCACUAUGGCCUAUUUAUUGCCUUACCUCCAUAACUUACAUUUGCACACACUGUAUAUAGAUUUUCUAUUGUGUUAUUGACUGUACGUUUUGUUUAUUCCAUAUGUAACUCUGUUGUUUUUUCCGCACUGCUUUGCUUUAUCUUGGCCAGGUAGCAGUUGUAAAUGAGAACUUGUUCUUAACUGGCUUACCUGGUUAAAUAAAUGUUAAAUAAAAAAAUAAAACACUACACAUCCAAGUAUAUCUGACCAAAUUAUGGAAGACAAGAAUUGUACUUUUGAAUUCCAUAAAGUAAGUGUGGAAGAGGUGAAAAAAUGAUUGUCUAUCAACAAUGACAAGCCACCGGGGUCUGACAAUCUGGAUGGAAAAUUACUGAGGAUAAUAGUGGACAAUAUUGCCACUCCUAUUUGCCACAUCUUCAAUUUAAGCCUACUAGAAAGUGUGUGCCAUCAGGCCUGGAGGGAAGCUAAAGUCAUUCCGCUACACAAGAAUAGUAAAGCCCCCUUUACUGACUCAAAUAGCACACAAAUCAGCCUGUUACCAACCCUUAGUAAACUUCUGGAAAUAAUUGUGUUUGACCAGAUACAAUGCUAUUUCACAGUAAACAAAUUGACAACAGACUUUCAGCACGCUUGUUGGGAAGGACCCUCAACAAGCACAGCACUUACACAAAUGACUGAUUGGCUGAGAGAAAUUGAUACAAUGAUUGUGGGGGCUGUCUUGUUAGACUUCAGUGCAGCUUUUGAAAUUAUCAAUCAUAGUCUGCUGCUGGAAAAACGUAUGUGUUAUGGCUUUACACACCUUGCUAUAAUGUGGAUAAAGAGUUACUUGUCUAACAGAACACAGAGGGUGUUCUUUUAAUAGAAGCCUCUCAAACAUAAUCCAGGUAGAAUCAGGAAUUGCCCAGGGUAACUGUUUAGGCCCCUUACUUUUUUCAAUCUUUACUAAUGACAUGCCACUGGCUUUGAGUAAAGCCAGUGUGUCUAUGUAUGCGGAUGACUCAACACUAUACACGUCAGCUACUACAGCAACUGAAAUGACUGCAACACUUAACAAGGAGCUGCAGUUAGUUUCAGAAUGGGUAGCAAGGAAUAAGUUAGUCCUAAAUAUUUCCAAAACUAAAAGCAUUGUAUUUGGGACAAAUCAUUCACUAAACCUCAACUACUACUCGUAAUGAAUAAUGUGGAAAUUUAGAAAGUUGAGGUGACUAAACUGCUUGGAGUAACCUUAGAUUGUAAACUGUCAUGGUCAAAACACAUUGAUACAAUAGUAGCUAAGAUGGGGAGAAGUCUGUCCAUAAUAAAGCGCUGCUCUGCCUUCUUAACAACACUAUCAACAAGGCAUACCCCACAAGACAUGCCACCAGAGGUCUCCUCACAGUCCCCAAGUCCAGAACAGACUAUGGGAGGCGCACAGUACUACAUAGAGCCAUGACUACAUGGAACUCUAUUCCACAUCAGGUAACUGAUGAAAGCAGUAGAAUCAGAUUUUUUUUUUAACAGGUAAAAAAUACACCUUAUGGGGACUGUGAUAUUGUUGUAUGGUGGUAUUAAACAUUUUGUAUUGUAAAUAUGUAGUGGUGUAAUAAUGUCAUAUGAUGUACUGUUUUUAUAUUUUGUUUUAUAUGUAAUGUAAGUGCUUUAAUAUGUUUGGACACCAGGAAGAGUAGCUGCCUUGGCAGCAGCUAAUGGGGAUCCCUAAUAAAUAUAAAUACAGUCUACUGCCAGAUGAUUAGCAUGCAAUGCUAAAGAGAUAUCUCCUGUAAAUGGGGUCUAGGGGAUUCCCUUCUCUUACGACACCUCUUAUAAAGGCCUGUGUGUGUGUUUUCUUAGAGGUUGGUUGCUUUUUCAGGACUAUUUCAAGUGUAUAUAGCCUAGUCUAUAACUGUAAAUAGUCUAUAAUAGACAUCACUUGCUAGGGAAUGCUAGAGCCUUGUAGGAAAUGAUGAAGAUCCGGGUAACAUUGUUUUAACAAUUCAAAUUAUUGGUAUGUGGUGGAGCGUAUAAUGUUUGAGGGGCCGGCUCCUACUUCAUUUCUAUUUCAAGUGUGGUGAUGUCCUUGUUCUCCCCUUGACUCAGAGCCAUUGACCUGUAACCACAAGGACUUUGCCUGUGCUAACGGGGACUGCAUCUCCGCCCGAUUCCGUUGCGAUGGAGACUAUGAUUGCCCUGAUAAUUCAGACGAGGUCAGUGAUCCCUGUUGUCAUUUAACAGCAGGCUUUAAAUAGCAUGUUAUAGCCUGUAAACUGUGUGAAUCACAACCUUGUGUCUGUCCACUCUUGAAUAAUCUGAUUUGAGUGAAAUGACCCUUAUUAACACUAUGCUUAUUUCUUUAUUUUUGAGGGAUAAACAUCAAUGUGUUUUAGUUUUUUCUAAAAGGCAUGAUUAUUGAAUUGCAAAUGCAACAACGGGCUUGAUUUAAUAGCAUUAUGAAAUUCAAAUCGUUAAAUAUUUUAAUUUUUAUUGGAACGCAUGAGAGAAUAACCUACUAAGGCUGACGUUGUCCUAAUAGAGAGACAUUUGAUGUUUCUGUUCUUAUGCAAAUGUGUAAAUAAUUAUGCAAACUGGUUCACUAACUCAAAAUACUGCAUUAACUAGCCUUGCAUGGGAAUUGUGGACCUGUUUUGUGGAAUGUGAAUUUAUUUGAAAGUGUGAGCUAUUCAUGAAAAAUGAGACUAUCGUUAGAAAAUAUUCAAAUCUCCAUUGUGCAAUGGCUAAUUCAAGGAGAAAGGCACGGAAUUACCCAUUUAUUAUGCCUUGUAAUUUAUUGCUCUGUUAAAUACCCCCACACCAAUUACAGUAUAUAAUAUGAAUAAUCCCCUCUGUGCAACCUCUGUUAAUCCAUUAUUGUGUGUGUGGUCCCAAUUGUCUUUUUAGGUCAAACUGUAUAUUUAGUUCACAGAGUAUGUAAACAUUUGUCAGCGAUGCAUGGUUUCUCUUGUAAACAACUACUUUUCUUCCCCCCCACACACAAUUCUUACCAAUAACCUACUAAACUGGCAAUGAACACUCACUGUAAAGAGUUAACAUUGUCUAUUAAUGUGUUAUGUAUGAGCUAUGAAGUCCUUAUGUAAGUACACUUCAAAUAAAGUAUUACCUGAUGUUCCUACUGUAUAAGAAUAAGAACAUCUAUGGUGUCAAGUCUGAGCCUAUCGUAAAUUUGAGCUUCUUGUUCUGUAUAUCUCUCUACAGAAGGGCUGUGAGGCUCGGUGUGCUGAGGACCAGUUCCAGUGUCUCAAUAACCUCUGCAUCUCCCUCAAGUGGCUCUGUGACGGCCAAGAGGACUGCAAGACAGGAGAGGAUGAGAGGAACUGCCAGGGAACAGGUACAGUAUACGAGAAAGACGAGAGAAGUUCAGAAGGGAACGUUUCCCCAAAACAUUUUUAAUGUGAAAUUGAAGUAGUUGUUUAAAAGCUGAAAACCACUGCAGAGCUCCUGUGGUAACAUGGAGUGUUGUAGUUUUUAUUCUUUGGUUAAAAUGCAGGACAAAGUUUUUUUGGGGGGGACUUUUUAAUGGGGUUUAGUGUAAGAUCAGGAAAUGUUGGUGUGGAGGGGGGUGCUUUACCCCUUACGAUAGGUACAAGCAGGAGAAAUGCCAAGACUACUUUCUAUGUGACAUGUAAUUAAAUACUGUUCCAAUUCUGUAACCAAUUAAUAAAUAGCUACUGCAUCAGUACGCCAUGUGUUUUACCCACAGUAAGUGGGUUGAUAUUGGCUCAUUCCCAUUCUAUCAGAAAAUGCCUUGUAUUCUACUGAAGUGCAGCCACUACAGUACAGUAGCUAGCCAGUGUAACCUCAUCCGGAGCCCCGGUGGUGAUGAUUGUGUGGGUGUGUUUCAGACCACUUCAUUCAACAGCAGGCAGCACACAGCAUGCCAUAGCUUGAGGGAAGACAUCAUAUUUAGACCUAGUAUCUGUCCAAUGUCCAGCACUGCUGGUUUGGAAAUAAAUAAUGGGUUAUAGUGUUUUUUUUUAUCGCAUACACUAGGCUAACAUGGAGCGUGCAACCUUCUUUAUGAGUUCAUAAGUGUACAGAACACGUACAAACCUGCCCCACUCAUGCUGUGAAUGAUGGCUGUUAUAUUAUUAUUUGGUGGAGUGUGUGCACUCAUAAAGCUCUGUCUCUGAUCUUUGUGUUUCCAGUGCUCCCCUCCUGCUCCCUAAAUGAGUAUGUGUGUGCCAGUGGAGGCUGUGUCUUGGCCAGUCUGAGAUGUGAUGGACAGGACAACUGUCUGGACGGGUCAGAUGAGGUGGGUGUGGCUUUGCUUGGUACUCAUCUAUAGCAAUCAAUCUAUACUUGCUUACUGCACCUUUUUUUGUUUAUUUACAGAAAAAGUCACAGUAAGUAAUGUCCAGUGCAGUCAAAAAGUGAUUUUUCUUGUGUUUUAUAUAUAUUUCCACACUAUGAGGUUGGAAUAAUACUGUGAAAAUUGUGUAAGAGCAGUUUGAAAAGGCCGCCUGAAAUUUCAGCCUGUUUUAGUGGGAUGGAGUGCUGGCCUGACUGGUGACGACAUCAGGCAGGAAAUUAGUUAAUAGACCAAUAAGAAAGAGAGUUCAAAACUUAUCUGCCAAAAAGAGCUCAGACCACUUCCAGACAGUCCUAGCAAAAUUCUUGCUUGAGAAAUUGCCCUUUUCUAAGAAUACAUUUUUGUUUCUUUUUGACCAUUUUAAUUGAAAAAAAUCACAGUAAUGUACUUAAUUGUUAACCACAAAUUAGUUGAUAUUGAGAUAAAAAUGACUGCAUUGCAUUAUUUUGUCUAGUGUUGUAGGUGGUUUCCACCCACGGUAUGCAGCAUUUCUGUAGGGAUUGUCCUAUUUGUGACCGACCGGCUCAAAUCGGUAUUAUGUAGCAAAAUUUGAAAGUGUGUUUAUUACAUUGGAUAAAAGUAGAGACUCAGAGCUACAAAAUGGUAUAUCAUACACUACAGUUGAGGAACAAUGGGAAAGUAAUUUAGAUUUGAAAGUUGAUAAACUUGUAAACUCAUUUUUGAGAAAAUGGCCUUUGAAUAUUUUGGUACUACUACUGGAGAGCCCUUCUUCGUCUACACCCAAUCAGCAUCAUUCACACCCUCUUAAGCUUCAGCCCCACCCAUCUCUUUAAGGGUUGAUCCGAGCGUUCUGUCCUGACAACAGAAGUCAAGCACCCAAGCUAUCUUGCUAGCUACUUCCAGAUACAAAUGACAGAACAGCUCACUGAACAUUACUCGCCCUAGCAGAGCUGGUUAGGCUGUUAUGUUAUCCAGAGCAUUGGUGACUGCAACUGUGCUGUCAGAUUGUCCAUUUGUAAAUUCAAAACGUGUCGCUCUCGGAGCGUUCAGAGCGCACACCAGACACUCUGGCCGAUGAGUAGGGUUGAUCCGAACGUUCUGACCUCACAACGGCAGUCAAGCACCCAAGCUAACAGACUGAAUUUAUGAACGCACCCGAAAUGGUUAUUUGCAUAGUGGAGUAUUUUGUUAAGACGUAGCUAGGUCAACAAUGAACCAUAAUCACAACUCAUGACUUUACUACCCUGCAUGAAUCUGCAGGUAGCUAACCAACCAGCUAGCCAAGCAAAUGGCUCUUUCUGUCAAAAUUAGGAACGUGUAAUAUCUGAAAAUGUAGCUAGCUAGACUAUCUUACCCAUAUACAGUGGUCUAAAGUACUUAAGUAAAAAUACUUUCAAGUACUACUUAAGUAGUUUUUUUUUGGUAUAUGUACUUUACUUUACUAUUUUUAUUGUCCAGCCCACUUAUUAUCUCAGCCAAUCAUGGCUAGCGGGAAGGUUGCUGUCUUUUUCUUUGGCUAAACCAACUAGGCUCGUAAUUUAACCAUUUUAUUCGUAUUUACAGAUAGCAUAGACGUUUUUUAUUAAGGCACAUGAAAGUUCACAUGUUUUUUUAAAAACAUUUACGUUCAAAUGGCUCUCCUGUGAAGUAGUGACCCGUGACAUACGCCUAGUUUUCUGAAACGCGUCACAUUUGUAAGGAUGGUCCCUACAUAAUUUGGUGUCCUGUGUGAGGUGAAUUCCUAACAGUAUAGACAAGGAUGUGAGUAAAGUCUUGACUGUGUUUUGACAUCGAAUACUGUAUGAUGCUGUUUUGUGUUUCCAUGUUGACAGGUGGGCUGUGUGAAGGAGUGCAAGGAAGACGAGUUCCUGUGUCUGAACCACGCCCACUGUAUCCCACGGAGAUGGCGCUGUGACGACAUGUUUGACUGUGUGGACCAUAGUGACGAGGAGAACUGCAGUCAAGGUACGACAGGGCUGGACAUACUCACUUCACAUGCCAAUGUGCUAGAAAACUGUAACUGCAGCCAGGGUAGGUGUCACGGUUUCGGCCGAGGCUGCCUCUCUCCCUUGUUCGGGCAGGCUUCGGCGUUCGUCGUCUCCGGAAUUCUAGCUGCCACCGAUUUAUGUUUUCAUGUUCGUUUGCUUUUGUCUGUUUGUGUCACACCUGUUUCUGUUUUACGUGAUUAGUAUCCUAUAAGUUUCUCGUUGUGUUUGUCUUGUGUUGUGUGUGAUUGUUUUCGUCAGUGUAGUGUUUGCUCGGUUGAGCAUAUUUCUCUCCACUGCGCUGGAGCUCGUUUGCACUUGUUUCGUGCACUACAUAUUUUGUCGCACCUGUUUUGUGCGCAUUUUGCCUACACGCCUUUGGCGUAGUUUAGCUGUUGGGCUUUGUUGCCCUGUUGCCUGUGUUUGGGUCGGAAUACAGCUUUUGGAACCUACCGUCUGCGUCCUGCAUCUGAUUUCCUACACCACACCUACACACGCCCUGACAGAAUCACACACCACCCAUGGAAUCAGCAGGAGCAGAAGCAGCCCAGACAAGACUGGAAGCCCAGGUUCGGGAUCAGCAGGAGCAACUCCUGCAGAUGGGGAACGCCCUGCAGGAGGUUAUUUCCACACUCCGAGGCUGGGGUUCGCCUCCACCACCGCCCGCCCAGCCAGCACCAUCGGUCAGCCCGCCCGUUCCAGCACCGGAACAUCGAGGAGUCCGUCUAUCUCUCCCGAGGGCUUACGACGGGACAGCGGCUGGGUGUCAGGGGUUCUUGCUCCAGGUCGAGCUGUACCUGGCCACAGUCCAUCCGGCACCUUCAGGGCAUGAGAGCGUGUCCGCCCUAAUCUCCUGCCUGGCCGGUAAAGCGUUGGAGUGGGCCAACGCAGAGUGGAGGAAGAUCGACGCCACGACCAUCACCUACACCGAGUUCUCCCGCCGCUUUAGGGCGGUGUUCGACCAUCCCCCGGAGGGGAGAGCGGCGGGGGAGCGUCUGGUCUUCCUUAGGCAGGGGAGGAGGAGUGCCCAGGAAUUCGCACUCGAAUUCCGUACUCUAGCGGCAGAUGCAGGGUGGAAUGAUCGGGCCCUCAUCGAUCUCUACCGAUGUAGCCUCAGAGAGGACGUCCGUCGGGAGCUGGCCUGUCGGGACGCCAGUCUCACUUUCGACCAGCUGGUCGACAUGUCAAUUAGGUUGGAUAACCUAUUGGCUACCCGCGGACGUCCUGAGGGGGGUCCGUCCAUUCCAUCCUCCAGCGCACCCGAGCCGUGUCCUAUGGAGCUCGGGGGCGCUGGCGCUAGAGGUAGGAGGAGUCGGCAGAGUGGGGGGUCCAUCCACUGCACCAACUGUGGUCGGGGAGGACACACCGCGGCUAGGUGCUGGGGAUGGCCUCCUCGGGGAGAUGACGACAGGUCCCGCACUGGGGAUUCCCUCCAGGUGAGUAGGCGCCCCACUCACCCAGAGCUCACUGUUGCCCAUUUUUGUAUGCCUGUGUGUUUUCCGCAGGUGGCACCUCAUUCCCAGUGUAAGGCGCUGGUAGAUUCAGGCGCGGCUGGGAAUUUCAUUGAUAAGAAGUUUUGUUUAGAGUUAGGGUUUCCCCUUCUCCCUGUGGAAGUUCCUUUUCCCGUUCACGCCCUAGAUAGUCGUCCGUUGGGUACGGGCUUAAUCAGGGAGGUCACGGCGCCACUUAGGAUGUGUGCGCAGGGGAGUCAUCAGGAGAUAAUACAACUGUUUCUGAUUGACUCUCCUGCGUAUCCGGUGGUGCUGGGCAUGCCCUGGUUAAGUACCCAUAACCCCGUUAUUUCGUGGCAAGAGAGGGCUCUGAAGGAGUGGUCUGCUCAGUGUGUGGGUAGAUGUUUGGGCGUUUCCUUAGGGGCUACCUCGGUGGAAAGUCCAAACCAGGUGCCCGCAUUGCACAUUCCACCUGAGUAUGGGGAUCUGGCUAUCGCGUUUAGUAAGGCGAGGGCGACGCGAUUGCCACCCCAUAGGCAGGGGGAUUGUGCGAUAGACCUUCAGGCAGGAGCUGCGCUCCCACGGAGUCAUGUGUAUCCUCUGUCUCAGGAGGAGAAGAAAGCUAUGGAGGUUUACAUAGACGAAUCACUGAGACAAGGAUACAUACGGCCGUCCACUUCCCCCGCGUCCUCGAGUUUCUUUUUCGUGAAGAAGAAGGAUGGGGGGUUGCGUCCGUGCAUCGACUACCGUGGUCUCAAUCAGAUUACGGUGAAGUAUAGUUAUCCACUCCCGCUGAUUGCGACCAUGACUGAGUCGUUGCAUGGGGCGCGUUUCUUCACGAAAUUAGAUCUCAGGAGCGCGUACAACUUGGUGCGCAUCAGGAAGGAUGAUGAAUGGAAAACAGCCUUUAGUACCACCUCGGGCCAUUACGAGUAUCUCGUCAUGCCAUACGGGUUGAUGAAUGCUCCGUCAGUGUUCCAAUCAUUCGUGGAUGAGAUCUUCAGGGACAUGCAGGGACAGGGAGUGGUGGUGUACAUAGAUGACAUCCUCGUGUACUCACCUACCCGUGUCGAGCAUGUGGCCCUGGUGCGCAGAGUGUUGCGGAGGCUGGUGGAGCACGACCUGUAUGUGAAGGCAGAGAAGUGUCUGUUUUUCCAGGAGUCGAUUUCCUUCUUGGGGUAUCAGUUGUCUGCGUCAGGGGUGGAGAUGGAGGUAGACCGAGUGUCAGCCGUGAGUAAUUGGCAAACACCAACCACUGUGAAAGAGGUGCAGCAGUUUUUGGGGUUUGCGAAUUACUACCGGAGGUUUAUCCGGGGUUUUGGGCAGGUGGCAGCUCCCAUCACGUCUCUCUUAAAGGGGGGCCCGGUGCGUCUGCAGUGGUCAGUCGAGGCGGACAGGGCUUUUAAGAAGCUGAAGGACCUGUUCACCUCGGCUCCGGUGCUGGCGCAUCCGGAUCCCUCCUUACCAUUUCAGGUAGAGGUGGACGCGUCUGAAGCCGGUAUUGGCGCCGUGCUGUCCCAACGGUCAGGCGCGCCACCUAAACUCCGCCCCGUUGCCUUCUAUUCCAAGAAGCUCAGCCCGGCGGAGCGAAAUUAUGACGUAGGGGACAGGGAGCUGUUAGCUGUGGUCCAAGCCCUUAAGGUGUGGAGGCACUGGCUUGAGGGGGCUCAACACCCUUUCCUCAUUUUGACGGACCACCGUAACCUGGAGUACAUCCGGGCAGCGAGGAGGCUGAACCCUCGACAGGCUAGAUGGAGUAUGUUUUUGACCCGUUUCUCUUUUAAGAUCACCUACAUCCCUGGGUCACAAAACGGUAAGGCAGAUGCACUGUCUCGGCGGUAUGACGGGGAGGAGAGGUCCGUGGAGCCCACUCCCAUACUGCCGGAGUCGUGUCUAGUGGCACCGGUGGUGUGGGAGCUCGAUUCUGAGCUCGAGCGGGCAUUACGCACCGACCCUAGUCCACCACAAUGCCCGGAGGGUCGGAAGUAUGUUCCGCUCGAGUGUCGGGAUCGAUUGAUCUAUUGGGCUCACACGUCACCCUCCUCUGGACAUCCGGGUAUCGGCCGGACAGUGCACUGUCUUAGUGCCAAAUAUUGGUGGCCUACGUUGGCCAGGGAUGUGAGGGUUUAUGUUUCCUCCUGCUCGGUGUGCGCCCAGUGUAAGGCGCCUAGACAUCUGCCUAGGGGUAAGUUACUACCCCUGCCCGUUCCACAACGACCAUGGUCCCACCUCUCGGUGGAUUUUAUAACUGACCUUCCCCUCUCUCAAGGGAAUACUACACUCCUGGUCGUUGUGGAUCGGUUCUCUAAGGCCUGUCGUUUGCUCCCCAUGCCGGGUCUUCCUACUGCCCUACAAACCGCCGAAGCACUAUUCACUCAUGUGUUCCGGCACUACGGGGUGCCCGAGGACAUUGUGGCUGACCGGGGUCCCCAAUUCACCUCCAGAGUCUGGAGAGCUUUUAUGGAGCGGUUGGGGGUCUCGGUGAGUCUCACCUCGGGUUACCACCCGGAGAGUAAUGGGCAGGUGGAACGCGUAAACCAGGAUGUGGGCAGGUUUCUCAGAACAUACUGCCGGGACCGGCCGGAGGAGUGGGCGAGAUAUGUGCCCUGGGCUGAGAUGGCACAGAACUCUCUUCGCCACUCCUCCACCCAACUAACCCCUUUUCAGUGUGUUUUAGGGUACCAGCCGGUUCUGGCACCAUGGCAUGAGAGCCAGAUCGAGGCCCCCGCUGUGGAUGAGUGGGUGCGGCGCUCGGAGGAGACGUGGAACGCUGCACACGUCCAUCUGCAGCGUGCCAUACGUCGACAGAAGACGAGCGCCGACCUACACCGCAGUGAGGGGCCUGUGUACGCACCUGGAGAUCGAGUCUGGCUCUCUGCCAGAAACCUGCCCCUCCGCCUGCCCUGUCGGAAACUGGGUCGGCGGUUUGUAGGGCCAUUUAAAGUCCUGAGAAGGUUGAACGAGGUUUGUUAUAGAUUACAGUUGCCAGUGGAGUAUAAAUGUAUUAACCCCUCGUUCCAUGUGUCCCUUCUCAGGCCGGUGGUAGCAGGCCCGCUCCAAGAACAUGAGAUCUUGGAGACCCCCCCGCCCCCGUUGGACAUCGAGGGGGCACCGGCGUACACCGUGAGAUCCAUCUUGGAUUCUAGACGUCGGAGAGGGGGUCUUCAGUAUCUAGUGGAGUGGGAGGGGUACGGUCCGGAGGAGCGGUGCUGGGUGCCGAGGAGAGACAUCUUGGACCCGUCGCUCCUGACGGAAUUCCAUCGGGGGUAUCCGACGCGCCCUGCGCCGCGGCCUCCGGGUCGUCCCCAAGGCCGGAGUCGGCGCGCGUCUGGAGCCGCGCGUCAAGGGGGGGGGUACUGUCACGGUUUCGGCCGAGGCUGCCUCUCUCCCUUGUUCGGGCAGGCUUCGGCGUUCGUCGUCUCCGGAAUUCUAGCUGCCACCGAUUUAUGUUUUCAUGUUCGUUUGCUUUUGUCUGUUUGUGUCACACCUGUUUCUGUUUUACGUGAUUAGUAUCCUAUAAGUUUCUCGUUGUGUUUGUCUUGUGUUGUGUGUGAUUGUUUUCGUCAGUGUAGUGUUUGCUCGGUUGAGCAUAUUUCUCUCCACUGCGCUGGAGCUCGUUUGCACUUGUUUCGUGCACUACAUAUUUUGUCGCACCUGUUUUGUGCGCAUUUUGCCUACACGCCUUUGGCGUAGUUUAGCUGUUGGGCUUUGUUGCCCUGUUGCCUGUGUUUGGGUCGGAAUACAGCUUUUGGAACCUACCGUCUGCGUCCUGCAUCUGAUUUCCUACACCACACCUACACACGCCCUGACAGUAGGACAGGGAUUACAAAACACACACACACACACCGUGAGGAAGGCACAAGCUGAAACGUAUGCAGCCAGUGUAAGUUCUAGUAGGACAUGUUACCUGUACAAGAAAUGUAACAAAGAUUAAAUUGCAACUGUGGACAGAGUUGAGCAUGUUCACUGGAACACUGUAAUAGAGAACACAUGCCUGCCAAUAUGGUACACACAUUAUAUUUUCUUCCUUCUCAGCCUAGUUAGAUUCAAUUGCAGCCAAUUGCAGUUUUCACAGUGCAAUGAAUGUCACGAUCAGUGGGGGGUUCGAACUCACAUGGCUAGUAGCGUAGCAACCACCAUUCUAGCCAUGUGUUUGUUGUGAAAGGUGUACAGCACUAGUCCUAUUCUGGCCAAGCAAAGGUCAUUUUGCUAACAAGAACGUUCUUUCAUACAGACACUAUACUUCUAGCACAAUGCUGUUGAUUGACGUUUUGAAGGAAAUGGAAAAGACGACCUUGUGAAAGAAAGAAAGCCCACGGGCACUGCUGCUCACCUUCAGUCUGUAAUUGCAGGCAUCAUCUUCUGCCGUCCCGAUGAGUUCAUUUGCAACAACACCUUGUGCAAGCUUCACGCAUGGGUGUGUGAUGGCAAGGACGACUGUGGAGACAACUCAGAUGAGGACACAGAGAUGUGUGGUGGGUUGAAAUAACAACGUCUCUCACUUAGAUGUUUUCUCAAAGGUGUUUGAUGGAUAUUUUAUUAGCUAUUACUUACAUAUUUAAUGUAAGGUGAUAUUCAUUGGUGAAUUGCUUAAAGAAAAUGAAUGUCCUUUUAUGAAGGAGUUGAAUAAACUCUGAUGAAUGGACUACAAUAUAAUUUGUUAAAUGGAUUAGAGUGGACUGUGUUGAAUGAGCUAAAAUGUAUUUGACUGUCUGGAAUACUUGUGUGUUUCUUCUCCCCUCCAGCCAAACUUCCUUGUCCUUCCACACGGCCACACCGAUGCAGAAAUGACCGUGUGUGUCUGCGCCCUGACCAAGUGUGUAACAAGGUGGAUGACUGUGGGGAUAACUCGGAUGAGGAGGAAUGUGGUGAGUUUACACCAGUUCAAACAUUACGUUUUUCUUCAUCAAGAAUGUUGAACUAAGGAGGUUGUAUAUUCCAAUCUAACUUUAUUCCUAAUCGUAUCAGUGUGACAACAGCAGAAACGGUGUCUUAGUCAAGUUCCUUUAAUAUCCCUAGAAACUCAAAGCCACAUUAGUCUUUAAAUCUAGGCUACUGUCAGCAUUUUUAUAAAGGCAUCUCAAAACACCACCCAUGCUUUUAUGCAAAUGCCUUCUCUGUUGCCGAUGCGGUCUUUCUAUCUGACGUGUGUUUGUGUCCUGUGUGCGUCCCAAAGCAGAGGUGGUGUCUGGCAGACCCAGGCCGUGUGGGAAGGCAGAGUUCACCUGCAGUACCCAGCGCUGCAUCCCAGCCCAACUGCAGUGUGACCUCUUCAAUGACUGUGGGGACGGGGGCUCGGACGAGCAGGACUGCAAGGCCUGUGCGUGUGUGUGUCACACUGAUCAAUAUCCUGCUGUUUAGAUGGAAGUAAUAAAUGUCACUAGGCAGGAACUGGAUGCGUGAGAUAAUCUAGGGCUCUUCUGCUAGAUCCAAGGGUUAAAUGAUGUCAGAACAUUUAUGGUAGUAACAUAUUUGCUGUGUGUUUUUCUGUCCGGUGAAAGUUGUUCUCUUGGCUUCCACACAUCAAUGGAACAUGUCUUUGUACAAUGUUUAGGAAUGUGUUUUCAUGUGCAAUCAAAGUGUUGUCUUCAAUUGUAGUUUCCCAUGGAGACGUAUGUGGAAAGAAGUCAAACCCAUGUGGGGAGGAUGCAAUUUGCAAUCAGACAAACACAAGUUCAAUAUGUCAUUGCAAAUCUGGCUUUAGGAGAAAUCUAAAGACUGGCCAGUGUGAAGGUACAGUAUGACCUCUUUCUCCUCACUAUUCAAUUGGACAGAAUGUUUACUCUAAUAAUGGAAUUCUAUAAUGUAACUAAUGUGGUUAGAUAUCAUGUACAUAAUGUAGCCGUGGUUGAUAAACAAUAUACAGUUGAAGUUGGAAGUUUACACUUAGGUUGGGAUAUCCUACAGACACCCGACAAGGCCCAAAUCCCCGUCAUUCGCAUGAGGAAGAGACGGAGAUAUUGUUGACGUAGGUCGGGGUGCCUUGUAAGGAUCCGACGGCGAGCGAGUAAUCUGCCGCUCCCAUCAAUCCUAUUAGCCAAUCUUCAAUCAUUGGAAAAUAAAUUGGAUGACCUAAGAUGACGGUUAUCCUACCAACGGGACAUUAAAAACUGUAAUAUCUUAUGUUUCACCGAGUCGUGGCUGAACGACGACAUGGAUAACAUUCAGCUAGCGGGCUAUACGCCUCAUCGGCAGGAUAGAACGGCUGACUCCGGUAAGACAAGGGGUGGCGGUCUGUGUAUAUUUGUAAACAACGGCUGGUGCACAAAAUCAAAUACUAAGGAAGUCUCUAGGUUUUGCUCGCCUGAGGUAGAGUAUCUUAUGAUAAGCUGUAGACCACACUAUUUACCAAGAGAGUUUUCAUCUAUAUUUUUCAUAGCCGUCUAUUUACCACCACAAACCAAUGCUGGCAUUAAGAUCGCACUGAAUGAGCUGUAUAAGGCCAUAAGUCAACAGGAAAACGCUCAUCCAGAGGCAGCGCUCCUAGUGGCCGGGGACUUUAAUGCAGGGAAACUUAAAUCCGUUCUACCUAAUUUCUACCAGCAUGUUAAAUGUGCAACCAGAGGGAAAAAAAAACUCUAGAUCACCUUACUCCACACACAGAGAUGCAUACAAAGCUCUCCCUCGCCCUCCAUUUGGCAAAUCUGACAAUAACUCUAUCCUCCUGAUUCCUGCUUAUAAGCAAAAACUAAAGCAGGAAGCACCAGUGACUUGGUUAAUAAAAAAAGUCAGAUGACGCGAAUGCUAAGCUACAGGACUGUUUUGCUAGCACAGACUGGAACAUGUUCCGGGAUUCUUCAGAUAACAUUGAGGAGUACACCACAUCAGUCACUGGCUUCAUCAAUAAGUGCAUCGAUGAUGUCGUCUCCACAGUGACCGUACAUACAUGGUGUGGUCCUCUGUAGCUCAGCUGGUAGAGCACGGCGCUUGUAACGCCAAGGUAGUGGGUUCCAUCCCCGGGACCACCCAUACACAAAAAAACAAAAAAAUAAAAUAAAAUAAAAAUAAUGUAUGCACGCAUGACUGUAAGUCGCUUUGGAUAAAAAGCGUCUGCUAAAUGGCAUAUUAUUUAUAUAUUAUUUUAUACAUACCCCAACCAGAAGCCAUGGAUUACAGGAAACAUCCGCACUGAGCUAAAGGGUAGAGCUGCCGCUUUCAAGGAGUGGGACUCUAACCCGGACGCUUAUAAGAAAUCCCGCUAUGCCCUCCGACGAACCAUCAAACAGGCAAAGAGUCAAUACAGGACAAUCGUACUACACCGACUCUGACGCUCGUCGGAUGUGGCAGGGCUUGAAAACUAUUACAGACUACAAAGGGAAGCACAGCCGCGAGCUUCCCAGUGACACAAGCCUACCAGACGAGCAAAACCACUUCUAUGCUCGCUUCGAGGCAAGCAACACUGAAGCAUGCAUGAGAGCACCAGCUGUUCCCGGAUGACUAUGUGAUCACGCUCUCCGUAGCCGAUAUGACUAAGACUUUUAAACAGGUCAACAUUUACAAGACCGCAGGGCCAGACAGAUUACCAGGACGUGUACUCCGAGCAUGUGCUGACCAACUGGCAAGUGUCUUCACUGACAUUUUCAACAUGUCCCUGACUGAGUCUGUAAUACCAACAUGUUUCAAGCAGACCACCAUAGUCCCCGUGCCCAAGGACACUAAGAGAACCUGCCUAAAUGACUAUCGACCCGUAGCACUGACGUCUGUAGCCAUGAAGUGCUUUGAAAGGCUGGUCAUGGCUCACAUCAACACCAUUAUCCCAGAAACCCUAGACCCACUCCAAUUUGCAUACCGCCCCAACAGAUCCACAGAUGAUGCAAUCUCUAUUGCACUCCACACUGCCCUUUCCCACCUGGACAAGAGGAACACCUACGUGAAAAUGCUAUUCAUUGACUACAGCAUUCAGCAUUCAACACCAUAGUGCCCUCAAAGCUCAUCACUAAGCUAAGGAUCCUGGGACUAAACACCUCCCUCUGCAACUGGAUCCUGGACUUCCUGACGGGCCGCCCCCAGGUGGUAAGGGUAGGUAACAACACAUCUGCCACACUGAUCCUCAACACGGGGGCCCCUCAGGGGUGCGUGCUCAGUCCCCUCCUGUACUCCCUGUUCACCCAUGACUGCAUGGCCAUGCACGACUCCAACACCAUCAUUAAGUUUGCCGACGACACAACAGUGGUAGGCCUGAUCACCAACAACGAUGAGACAGCCUAUAGGGAGGAGGUCAGAGACCUGGCCGUGUGGUGCCAGGAUAACAACCUCUCCCUCAACGUGACCAAGACAAAGGAGAUGAUUGUGGACUACAGGAAAAAAAUUAGGACUGAGCACGCCCCCAUUCUCAUCAACGGGGCUGUAGUGGAACAGGUUGAGAGCUUCAAGUUCCUUGGUGUCCACAUCACCAACGAACUAUCAUGGUCCAAACACACCAAGACAGUUGUGAAGAGGGCACGACAAAGCCUAUUCCCCCUCAGGAGACUGAAAAGAUUCGGCAUGGGUACUCAGAUCCUCAAAAAAUUCUACAGCUGCACCAUCGAGAGCAUCCUGACUGGUUGCAUCACCGCCUGGUAUGGCAAUUGCUUGGCCUCCGACCGCAAGGCACUACAGAGGGUAGUGCGUACGGCCCAGUACAUCACUGGGGCCAAGCUUCCUGCCAUCCAGGUCCUCUAUACCAGGCGGUGUCGGAGGAAGGCCCUCAAAAUUGUCAAAGACUCCAGCCACCCUAGUCAUAGACUGUUCUCUCUGCUACCGCACGGCAAGCGGUACCGGAGUGCCAAGUCUAGGUCCAAAAUACUUCUCAACAGCUUCUACCCCCAAGCCAUAAGACUCCUGAACAGCUAAUCAUGGCUACCCGGACUAUUUGCACUGCCCCCCCCCCCACCCCAUCUUUUUACGCUGCUGCUACUCUGUUAAUUAUUUAUGCAUAGUCACUUUAACUCUACCCACAUGUACAUAUUACUUCAACUACCUCAACUAGCCGGUGCCCCCACACAUUGACUCUGCCCCGGUACCCCCCUGUAUAUAUAGCCUCCCUACUGUUAUUUUAUUUUACUUCUGCUCUUUUUUUUCUCAACACUUUUUUGUUGUUUUAUUUUACUUUUUUUAUUAAAAAUAAAUGCACUGUUGGUUAAGGGCUGUAAGUAAGCAUUUCACUGUAAUGUCUGCAACUGUUGUAUUUGGCGCAUGUGGCCAAUUAAAUUUGAUUUGAGUCAUUAAAAUUAGUUUUUCAACAACUCCACAAUUUUAUUCUUAACAAACUAUAGUUUUGGAAAGUUGGUUAGGACAUCUACUUUGUGCAUGACACAAGUAAUUUUUCCAACAAUUGUUUACAGACAGAUUAUUUCACUUAUAAUUCACUGUAUCACAGUUCCAGUGGGUCAGAAGUUUACAUACACUAAGUUGACUGUGCCUUUUAAACAGCUUGGAAAAUUCCAGAAAAUGAUGUCAUGGCUUUAGAAGCUUCUGAUAAGCUAAUUGACAUCAUUUUAGUCAAUUGGAGGUGUACCUGUGGAUGUAUUUCAAGGCCUACCUUCAAACUCAGUGCCUCUUUGCUUGACAUCAUGGGAAAAUCAAAAGAAAUCAGUCAAGACCUCAGAAAAAGAAUUGUAGACCUCCACAAGUCUGGUUCAUGCUUGGGAGCAAUUUCCAAACACCUGAAGGUACCACGUUCAUCUGUACAAACAAUAGUAUGCAAGUAUAAACACCAUGGGACCAUGCAGCCGUCAUACCGCUCAGGAAGGAGACGCGUUCUGUCUCCUAGAGAUGAACGUACUUUGGUUCGAAAAGUGCAAAUCAAUCCCAGAACAACAGCAAAGGACCUUGUGAAGAUGCUGGAGGAAACAGGUACGAAAGUAUCUAUAUCCACAGUAAAACGAGUCCUAUAUCGACAUAACCUGAAAAGCCGCUCAGCAAGGAAGAAGCCACUGCUCCAAAACCGCCAUAAAAAAGCCAGACUACGGUUUGUAACUGCACAUGGGGACAAAGGUCGUACUUUUUGGAGAAAUGUCCUCUGGUCUGAUGAAACAAAAAUAGAACUGUUUGGCCAUAAUGACCAUCGUUAUGUUUGGAGGAAAAAGGGGGGGCUUGCAAGCCGAAGAACACCAUCCCAACCGUGAAGCACGGGGGUGGCAGAAUCAUGCUGUGGGGGUGCUUUGCUGCAGGAGGGACUGGUGCACUUCACAAAAUAGAUGGCAUCAUGAGGAAGGAAAAUUAUGUGGAUAUAUUGAAGCAACAUCUCAAGACAUCAGUCAGGAAGUUAAAGCUUGGUCGCAAAUGGGUCUUCCAAAUGGACAAUGACCCCAAGCAUACUUCCUAAGUUGUGGCAAAAUGGCUUAAGGACAACAAAGUCAAGGUAUUGGAGUAGCCAUCACAAGCCCUGACCUCAAUCCUAUAGAAAAUAUGUGGGCAGAACUGAAAAAGCGUGUGAGCAAGGAGGCCUACAAACCUGACUCAGUUACACCAGCUCUGUCAGGAGGAAUGGGCCAAAAUUCACCCAACUUAUUGUGGGAAGCUUGUGGAAGGCUACCCGAAACGUUUGACCCAAGUGAAACAAUUUAAAGGCAGUGCUACCAAAUACUAAUUGAGUGUAUGUAAACUUCUGACCCACUGGGAAUGUAAUGAAAGAAAUAAAAGCUGAAAUAAAUCAUUCUCUCUACUAUUAUUCUAAUAUUUCACAUUCUAAAAAUAAAGUGGUGAUCCUAACUGACCUAAGACAGGGAUUUUGUUACUAGGAUUAAAUGUCAGGAAUUGUGAAAAACUGAGUUUAAAUGUAUUUGGCUAAGGUGUAUGUAAACUUCCGACUUCAACUGUACAUAACAUGGCUUUCUAGUUUUUCUUCAAGACGCCCAGAUUCCAUCAAUAGCUCUCAGAGUACGUGCUUAUAGUAGCUGACUGCAGGAAUGUCCAUCAGAGCUGUUGCCAGAUAAUUGAAUGUUAAUUUCUCUACCAUAAGCCACCUCCAACGUCGUUUUAAAUAAUUGGGCAGAACGUCCAACCGGCCUCACAACCGCAGACCAAGUGUAUGACAUCGUGUUGUCGAGCGGUUUGCUGAUGUCAACGUUGUGAACAGAGUGUUUCAUGGUGGGGUUAUGGUAUGGGCACGUGGUCACACCAGAUACUGACUCGUUUUCUGAUCCACCCCCCUACCUUUUUUAAAGGUAUAUGUGACCAACAGAUGCAUAUCUGUAUUCCCAGUCAUGUGAAAUCCAUAGAUUAGGGCCUAAUUUAUUUAUUUAAAUUGACUUAUUCCCGUAUCUGAACUGGAAGUCUUUGAAAUUGUUGCAUGUUACGUUUAUGUUUUUGUUCAGUAUAUAUUGUUUUUACCCAAUUAGACUAUACAAUAGAUAUCCUCACAUCCGAUAGGUUGGUACGAUGUCAACAUGAACUGAAAUGCUUGUUUCCAUUUUUAUUUGAGAGGUAUGGCAGCUUAGUAACUGACUGAUUUCUUUUUUUUUCUUUUCUCCUCAGAAAUCAAUGAGUGUCUUGGGUUUGACAUGUGUGCUCACUAUUGUACAAACACUAAAGGAUCCUUCAAGUGUACUUGUGACAGGAAUUUUAAGGAAAUCAAUGGAAACUGUAUAGUAAAAGGUAUGGACCAUUUUAUUACUGUACUGUAUGUGCUAACUGAAGUACAUUGAACUAUCAAAGACCUUGCUGUGUAUCUUGAACUACGAUUGUUAACUGUUGUAGUUUCAAUAGGUAUGUCAUGUUUUGCUAAAUGAAUUAAAACUUUAGUAUAAACUAAGUAUAGUAUGUAUUUCUAUAAACUGCAACUUUUUCUUGAAUAUUGUAUACCCUUUAUUUGAAUUGAAGAGUUUUAUUCAAUAGCUAUUAAGAUAACACUGUACUCAUAGACUGUACUGUAUCCUUAGCACUCUUGUAAAUAUACUGUCAUAGUCAUCAGAUUAACUUUACAUUAAGAUGACAGGAUUGUAUAAGUAACACUGAAUGUAUACAAAACCAGCCAUUUAACCAUUUUAAAGAGUAUAAUACUUGAGUCUGCAUCUGUUUCUGAUGUGACCAAUAAGGAUUAUAUAUUACGGGUGUAUACCUCACUGUGAUACAUAUUAAUCUAUCCCACAAUUCCUACUGAUUGGCACCGUGGGUAGUAGUAAUAAUAAAUGACUGGUCUUGUUGCUAUGUGAUUAUGUAUUAUUAUUAUCCUGAUCAUAAAGGAACGUGAUAUAGGGUGGUUUCCUGGACACAGAUUAAGCCUAGUUCUGGAAUAAAAAGCACUUUCAAUGGAGAUUCUCUAUUGGACUUGCCUUUUAGUCCAGGACUAGGCUUAAUCUGUGUCCAGGAAACUACCCCAGAAUGUUUAUAAAUGAUGACUUGAUUACAUACAUUAGAGAAUACUUUGCUUCUGUAAAUGAAAUGAUGCUGUCAAAUUGUUGUUUAAAACCCCAAAUGGAAUUGAGCCACUUUUCAUUUUUUUUGCAUAUUAAUAACUCAACAACGGGCAGGACCAGAAGAUCGAGUGCUCUACAUAGCUAAUGACACUGAAAUCCGAAGUUUUGUGUAUCCAUUUAACCAGAGCCAUGGACACAAAUUCCUCACUCGCAUCGAGGACAAUGCCCGCAUUAUUGGGAUGGAUGCUCUGUUACACCAACAAAAGUUUAUCUGGGCUACACAGUUUAACCCUGGUGGGCUUUUUUACAAAGAAAUCCUAGACAAGAGUCAAAGUAAAACUCAUGUCGGAAACAUAGUAAGUAUCUCCAAAGGUGUGGUUGGAAAGUGUACUUUACUUUUCAAUGUAUAAUUGAAUGUAUGAUUUGUACAUUUAAUAUCCAUAUGCUAAUAUCAACAGGGUAUCUACAGUAUUAAGUAGCCCUAUUACAAUAUAUGCAUGUUUCUUUCUUUUCUAAAGCCAUUGAAGCUACAUUGUUGUUGCAUUUGAGGACAAUGAAUUAUAGAAUGAUUAUAGCAAUGAGAGCUUGAAUACAGCAGUGAGCGUUUGAAGAUUAAAUGUAUAACUCAUAUAGUCACAUAUCUUAUUAAUGUCUGUGAGCGAGAGAACAGAACAUUAGCAAGGUGCCACGCUUUUUCCAGUUAUUGUUUGACCUAAAGUAAUGAAUGUCUCGGACGUAAUGAAUGUCUUGCCUGCUGACAGUCGGAGAGAAAGCUAGCACAAUGUUUUAAGAUAAUUACACAUCUUUCAAUGUCAUUUGUAGAUACUCUUAUUCUAAGACCAUGAUGUACAUUGAUCAAAAGUUUGAGCCGUUGUCACGUUGGAAACAUUGCAUAAAGUAUUAUGGGAUCACACGUAAGACUUCUUACACAUUUAGCAUAGGCUACUAAACCUUUACUAGCAUCAAGUAUUGCAUUAAACAGACCUUUUAUCAGGUUUGAUAGAAGAAAAUUCUUCACAUCUGAAUGUUAAAAGUUUCAAGUUUAUUUGCCAUGUGUAAUACAAAUACCUUGGAAGUCUUCGUCAUGUUCACGAUGUCAUGUUUAUAAGCUCUCAUUUUCCUUGCAGUGUUCAGACUUCCGUAGACCGAGAGAUGUGUCUGCUGACUGGAUUACAGGAAAUAUCUAUUGGACAGACCACUCUCGGAUGCACUGGUUCAGCUAUUACACAGCCCACUGGACUAAGCUCAGAUACUCUAUAAACGUGGGCCAGCUCAGAGGGCCAAAUUGCACCCGUCUGAUAACUGACAUUGCAGGAGAGCCGUACGCCAUUGCUGUCAACCCAGCCCGAGGGUAAGAGCAUUCUUUUCAGACCAUGUCAAAUUUCAUCAUUAUGUUUUCACUUUAUACCGUUUUGUUUUGUCGUUAUUUUGCCAGUCUCCCGGAGAAAGACAGCUGUGCAAUUUUUAAAGAUUCAUCCACGAUUGUAUCCAAGAUUUGUUUUCUUACUGAGUUUAAGAUAUAAGUAUAGACAGAGAUUCUAGGGAUUCUCUAAGUAUAGACAGGGAUUUGUUUAAUCCCCUGUUAUCCAUGAAGACCAGGGGUCUCAUUAUUAAAGGUGUUUUUGCACAAGAAAGACUCAACCUUGCAUGUGCCAGUUUUCCCGCAAAGGUUGGUAUUUAUACAUUUUUAGCUUGAUGGGAAAGUGUGCAUGUCUCCACGCAAAUCUCAAACCAUGCUCAGUGUUGGGGUAGUGAACUACAUGUAGUGCAACUAGUAAUUUAACUACAUUUUAUGUAGUGUUAUCAAAAGUUUUUUUUUUUUGCCGUGUAGCUAACUACUUGAACUAAGCCUACACACUAUUUAUUUUUGCUAAAAUAAUAAUAAUAAUUUUUCCAGCAGCAGACCCACCUAAUUCUCACUUGUAAAAAAUAGGCUAUAUUACACAUUCUGUUAACACUUGACUCCAGAGUGAUCUGUUCUUGCAAUUUGUAGUCUGACAUUUCAGAUUUAGAUAUAUUUUUUCAUGUAGUAGUUUGGAUGUAGUGAGAUACUUAAAAAAAAAAGUAACUUUAGUUAAGUAAACUAUGUUUUUCUUAAGGGUUGCUUCCAGCGUGAAGUAAUUGGUAGCUUGGUUAUAUUUUCAGAGUAGCUUCCCCAACUCUGACCAUGCGUGCGCACAACUUCUAGAAGGUUGAUCAACUGUAUUGCAAGCAAAUAGGCUUAUUGUUCGUUUGGGGGAAAUGGAAGGUGUUUGAUGCACAGGAAUUAUAAUAAUGGUAGGCUAAUAAAUAAAAAAAUCAUAGGCCUAAUGAUAAAACCAAUGCAUUUGCCAUUGGUAAGGAGAUUGCAUAGCAGCAUGUUGUCUAAUAUGUUUAUUUAACUUUUUUAUUAAAUAGGCCUAAAUCAUAAUCAUAUUGCAGGACAUCUCUCCUUUUCUUACAUAACUGGUUUAAAUUAUUCACACUACGCAACAAAUCGUAGGCCACCAUUUAUCAAUCGCUCAUUCAAUUGCUAAGCAUGCUCGAAAGUAAAUAGACCUUUUGGCUCGAAAGUAAAUAGACCGGUAGCCUUGACAGGAUGGGUAGGCAACAGUAUUGCUGUGCGAUAUUAGGAGUGCGACAUCAUACCCUAACAUAUUUAAUCUCAGAGCCUAUACCAAGGCAGGAGAUAGAAACACAAUCAUGUAUUGAUAAACAAAAUAUUGAACAACAAUUUGUCUUUUGCAUAGAAGUGUGGGCUGUAGCGUUUACUCUUAAAUUGUUCAAAAGGACAAUCAAUCUUCCAGAAUGUGCAGCUAGUGUUUGGCACUCGCUAGGCAGCAUGUAUUUUAAGUUUGGAAAAGUCACUGCAGCAUUCUGCCCAAACCUCUACAGAAAUGUGAUAAUUGCACUUUCUUUUAGGAAUUAUCAUGGCCCAGUUCCAACAUCUCCAAAUCUUACAGCAAAUGAGGGAGGGCAUUUUUGUUACCAUAAAAGGUGAAUGGAGGGCAUUUUCCAGGCAGGGUUUUAACACUCGUUCAUGGCCGCACAAAUUUAAUAUGGCUCUGAUUUAUCAAUGAAAUAUGUAUAUGUUGCGUGCGACAGAGUUGAUAAAUCCCAAUCAUUUGUGCCGCACACAAAUCCUUAACUCCACGUAUGCCAGAAUUUAGUAAGAAAUGUACGCUGGUUGAUAAAUGAGGCCACAGAUGUUAUGGACACCUAGCAGGAAAUGCUUAUCUUUGCAUCUUCUACAGGAUGAUGUAUUGGACAGUAAUAGGUGAUCAUUCUCAUAUUGAGGAGUCGGCUAUGGAUGGGUCCAUGCGUAGGAUCCUCUUGGAGAAGAACCUCAGGAGACCAACAGGUAUCUACAGUACACUAUCAUAUUAAUCUGCUUGUAUUUUCCAAGUCCAUUUUUAUAUUUUCAUUGAGAUGUGAUGUUGUAGACUAGCCUGGUCCCAGAUGAUCUGUUUGUGCAGUCUUGGCAAUGAGAACAACCAUAGGAGUUGGCAAGACAGUACAAACCGAUCUGGGACCAGGCUAGUUGUAGACUAGAGGAUAGAUAUGUUUGAAAAUAAGGCCAUGGAAAAAAGUAAAUGAAUGUGUCUGACACACCAAACCUGCUGUGAUGGUCCUGGGGGAGACACUUAGUGCUGAUCUACUUUUUAAAAUAUGGUUUGGCCUCCUUUAAUGCAAGGGACACAUGCACUGUCUGCCAAGGUAGGGGGAAUUUAUAAUUUGUGGAAAAACACACACCCAUUUAAUAGCCAUGACAACUUGAGUCAUUUAUCCAGUCAAACACAUGAUAGAAAAACAUUUUAUAAAAAGGGAAAUGUAGGACAUAACUUAAAAUGUCUGUCAUCAAAAGAAAAUACAAAUAUACUGUAUAUGUCCUGUAGUAUGAUUCAACGUUAAUGACUCUCGACUGCAUAGAAAGUGAGAUAUCUAAAGGAGAUAAAUAAAAUAACUGUCUGUUUAUGCAGUCUAUCCACAGCCUAACGCUGUUUAGAACCUGAGGGCUGUCGGAAUGAAGGCGUCCAUAUUGAUCUUUACACAAUUCAUAAGGAAAAUAAAUAUCUUCCUCUCAUCCUCCCCAGGUCUGGCCAUUGAUUACUUUAACCAACGUUUGUAUUGGGCUGAUCCUGAGCUCUCCGAGAUAGGCAGUGUGAGAUUGGAUGGGUCGGACCCUCUGGUGGCAAUCAGGGACAGACACGGUAACACCACCACUGAGAACAAAACAAAGAUUGACUAUCCAAGCACAUACUAGCUACUGAUGUGAUCAUUUGUUUAAUUUCCUCUACAUUUGAUCAACAGAUUGCUACAAUAAUAGUGUGUGUGCGUGCAUGCAUGUGUGGCUAUAGCAAGCUGUUAACCAGUGUAGUAUAGUACUACUAUCUAACCACACAGAUGAGGUUUCCUACUAGCUACUACUACUGUCCUGGGAUUUACAAACCCUCAUUAAAACUACAACAGUGUUCAUGGUCAUAUGCUUCUUUCCACCCUACCUUUAUUCUGUUUCCACUGCUGUGUUUCCAGGAAUAUCCCAGCCAUACAGGAUUGACAUAUUUGAAGACUACAUCUACGGGACUGGGCUAAAACACGAGGUCUUCAAAGUUCACAAGUAUGGCAAACAGCCUGUAGAGUUUCUCCACUUGGGUCUCGAGAAAACGACCAAUGUCAUGAUCUCCCACCGAUACAAGCAGCAAGAUGGUAAAUAAAAAACAUCUACUGCUUUGUUUCAGUGGGUAUUUUAAUGAAUACAAGUGUUAAUGAGGGUCAAGGGUAAUACAUGGAAAUGAUCAGGGUUGUGUAAUGUGGAUAUUGAAAGUACCAGCUGAACGGCAUUCUAGUGUAAAUGCAAGCAUAACAAGGGCAACUAACAUGAUAUUACAGUAACAAACAAGACGACAAUGCACCAUGAUAUUACAGUAACAAACAAGACGACAAUGCACCAUGAUAUUACAGUAACAAACAAGACGACAAUGCACCAAUGUAGCAUUGAUAUUCUAGCUGGUUAUGUGGGUCUAACUCCUGAAUGGAAGAGCUUAUAGUCUUCUUGAGCUAGUUUUUCAUUUUCUCAAGUGUGGGACAUGAGCGAGUCAUCUCAUUUUCCAUGAUAGGACCAAUAUAUUUCACAUUCUUAGCCUCUACUCGGUUGCUAUUUAUUAUCUGUGUAUUGUUAGUAUUUAUGAAGCGUCGGACAUAUCUUCUUCAGUAAAGGGCAGCUGUACCGUUCUCCAAAGACUCAUUAGUCCAGCCAUGUAGCCUACUCUUUGGGCAGCAAAAGUUACUGCACAUCUAGCAGAACAGAAAGACCCUGAGUGUUGGUUUGAUGUCUUCAGCAAAACACACUGACACCCUCUUCUUUCGCUAGCUUUGAUCCACAAUGAUCCCUAUAACCCCGAACACAACACAUCUGUGUAAUUCGAGAACUGUUUUUGUUCUUUUUCGUUGAAAACCCAACACUUCAAUUGACUUAUUGGAGCAAAAUGGCAGCAUGCUGCUGAUGUUGUGCAUAUUGAAGUAGUGUUCACUAACAGGGCAUGGUAAUCCUCUAGGACAAGGCAUUGAGUGGAAUGUGGAUCAUGUCUCUUGUUGAUUCUGAAUAGCAAUACAUUUGUGAAUAGUAUGAAAUAAAUCAUAAGGUUUAGCCUCUUCCCUCUCUAUGUUGUCAAAGAAUAACAUGUUUUGCCUCAAAUAAUAAAAAAAAAAUGUUAAAUUGAAGAAUAAUAAUAAAGGCAUGAAUGUGUUUUGUUUGUUGAUGGCUGUAUUGAAGCUUUGGCUGGAAUAAUGAAUCCUCUUGGCGUUUGCCUCUUGUCUUUCAGCGGUGAACCCAUGCCUGAGAAUGAACUGUGACUUCAUGUGUCUACUGAACCCAAAGGGUGCCACCUGCACCUGUCCAGAAGGGAAGGUACUGGUCAACGGCUCCUGCAGUGAUGUCAACAUCUCAGGUAAGCUCUUCAAGACCGCUGCCUAAACUUCACUUACUGCCUGCCAACGUAAUGUCACCUCUAAAACUGCUACAGUAGGCAAUCCAGCUGAGGUGGCACUUGGCCAAUGCAAAUUAAUGAAGUAAAAUCUUUCUGAAUCGCUCAGGAUUUUGUGUACUUCAAAAUAAGACUUGAAAGUGGAGGUGCAUGUUUUGAAAUGAUAACAUAAGAUUACAUGCUUGUACAGUAUCAUGCUCUUUCUCCUGGCCCAGCUAAAUGACACUGAUGAUGAUUCAUAGUUUAGAAGGUACUUCAGAAAACCUGUCCACUAGUUCAGCAUAAUGAACAUGCUGUGCAUUAUUGUUGUGUUGUAGGCGAGCUGUGCCGGCCACCGUGUGAGAACGGCGGGCGCUGCCUGGCCAAUGAGAAGGGCGACUGGCGCUGCUACUGCUGGCCUGACUUCUCUGGAGAACGCUGUGAGGUCAACCACUGCACCGACUACUGCCUCAACGGAGGCACCUGCAUGGGCUCACCCCUGGGUGAGUCUGCUGUUAAAAUCCAUAUAUUGAUCGGUAGAUAAAUGGAUGGAUGGAUGGAUUGAUCAGAGGGUGAUUGACAUAAGGCAUUAUGUGCUCAGCUGUCUUUACUCAUAAGUAGUUAAGUUGUAAGGACUCUCUGGGUUGUUGGGAGUGGUCAGUAUAUCUAAAGGCGCAUGUGCUACAACGGUCUUACAACAUUGAUUGAUUGAUAUAGGUAGAAUAAGCAUGAAGCAUAAUAGAGACGACAUGUUAAUAACGGAACCGAUCAUGUCUUAUUAUUAUUAUUAUUGGCCCAUUAUUCCCGCUCUUCGGAGGACAAAACUAAACUUUGUUUUUACAGCUUUUUCUUUUUUUGUUACAUGUACAUUCUACACACACAUUUGACAAUUUGUCUCAAAUUGUUAGUUUGCCACUCAUCCUGACUAAUAUGGAUAAACUAGAAUAGUGCAGAGCACUUCAGUUUUACUUCACGUCGCCGUGCUAAAAACCAGUCAACCGAUUACAUAAUGCAUGCAAGAGGGCAAUUAUUCACAACAUCAGUCUCUUAGAACUGAUGCUGUGUGGUCUCACGAGCAAUUACCCCUAGCGAUAGAUGCAUUUGGAUUGCUGUGGUUUUCCUGACUGUUACUCAAAUAAAACAUUUUUGUUUUGAAGAUUCGUGAAAAUGUGAAAUCGCUUCAUGGAUUUGUAAACCUUGAAAAUGAUGAAAGUCCAUUUUAGAGAGUGUGCUAAAUAUAGUAGCUGAGUGUUGAAUGCUAACACAUACAUAAAAACUGUAAUUGAACAGUCGGAGUAGUUUUAAUGCUCCAGUCAUUACUGGGGAUAGAUAAAGUAUUUAGAGACUGGUCUACAACUUUUGAUUUGAAUCGUUUAGUCUGGGAAGUGAAAUGUUUGCCCUUAAAACAGAUUUUCUCUAUCUCCUCUCGUAAUAAAUGUGUAAUCUAUCAUAAAAUACUUUAACUUGCUACACUCCCUGGCCAUUUUAUUCACAAUAUCUAAGACUCUUGCCCGGGGGAAUGAAGACCAGGUAUUUGAUAGUUUGGGAAUAAUAUGUUGAACAUGUUGGUGUCCUCAGUCAAUUGAGUUCAAGCUGGCUGCCUUUGUAUUAUGACAGCAGCAUUUGGUUAAUGAGCUAGACAGAUGCCUGAUAUUUGUGUCAGUGAUAUGUAAUAACAUUCUGUUUUUAAGAGACAAAGAUAAUAUUUGAUUGAAGAGAAGUGAGUAUCACAGUGGGAUUUUAAAUUAGUUGGAGAUUUGGAGGCAGGGUUUCUCAUUUGGUUUCUCAAUCUUGUUUGGUUCACCAGCCCAGUCAGUAUUAUAUGAUGAAUGGUACCCUCAUUUAUGUCCAAUGCAGUCGAAGAGGAGUGAAACAAAGUGAUGGCCUAUUUGUUCCGCUGCUGGGCAUACAGUCACUGACUGUUCUGUGUGCUGUUCAUCCAUGCUAGAAGACUGAGAGUUGUUUCAUAAAGUAAGAGGUUUCGCUGUGUUGAGCACACAUCCCCAGGCUUGGGGAGUAUUGUUCAAAAUGAGCGAUGGAAGCAGAGCUUGGGAGAGCUUAUUGUCAAAUGUGUUUCCUCAAGUACCCCAGUUUAGUGAUGGAAGAAAACAGGUCUCACUGGAGACACCCACUGUAAUCAAUUAAAGGAAAUAUUUCAGUUAUUUCUCUCUGACUUCCAGGGACCUUGUGUUAUCAAGGAACUUUUAUCUUGGGUUUUUCAUAUACUUGAUACUCAACUUUGGGAACAAACACACACAUCCUCAAAAACACUUGAGUUAUAGUGUCUUUGUAAUAAACAAUGUAAAUGGGACAUGCCCAGAAUUGUCAGCCAAACUCUCAAUCCUCUCCUCUCCUUUCCUCUCCUCCCUCCCUCCAUCCCUCCAGGGAAGCCGACAUGUCGGUGCCCUGUAGGGUUUACAGGUCCGUUCUGUGAGAAGCGGGUGUGUGAUUACUACUGUCUGAAUGGUGGUACCUGUGAUGUCAGCCUAGGGAACCAGCCGGUGUGCCGCUGCAUGGCAGAGUAUACUGGAGACCGCUGUCUGUACCGUGAGUAAAGGGAUUCAAUUACAUAUGGACUCUUGGGGGUGCCUGUGGUCAAAAUAUAUUUUUUGGGUGGCCCAAAUGUAUAUUUCAAGUCCCAUGGAGAGCCACUGAUUUGUUAUGAGGAGCACAACCCUCCCUUAAAAUCCUGUCAUGUAUUUCCAACCAUAGGCCAAUCCACCAGCAAUAACAACAAACUCCACAUAAACAUUUGACCUUAACACAAUCAGUAUCAACCUACCCUGUAGCAUUCCCAAGAUCACUAAAGAACAAGAAUAAACAACAAUAGCUGACCAUUUAUAUUCAGUCACACUCUCUAGAAAAAUAUCUUUUUAGUUUUGCAUAUUUAAGGCUCCAACGAUAAAUACUAAAUCAAACAAUGAAAAAUAUUAUAUAAAAAAAUACCAGAAAGGGCAUUUCAUAGCUACAAAUACCAUGUGUGGGUGAGAGAGUCAUUGUAAAUGCCACUCUAAACAACCUUUGGGGGUUUCUGUGCUUCACUGAUAAAAUAUUUCCUUCCCUUAUGUUGGCUUUGUCAUUAUAAAUUGUGGGGAAAACAAUUUCAACUGACGCCAUUACUGCGUUUCUACUGUAACUUGCCCAAGGGGUGAUACGUUUUCAUCUGUGGACAAGAUGCCAUUUGAUGCGGAUAAUUAAUUCUCAUUAAAGGCCUGUUAAAUUGUAAUCAAACCAACUAAAACUAUGCUCCCAUUUCCUCAAUAUGAAAUGCACCUCUUUCUCUCCUUCUGUCUAUUCUCUCUUUCUGUCUCUCUUUUCCUGUCACUUGGUCUCGCUCUCUCUUUCUCGCUCUCUCGCUCUUUCUUUCUCUCUCUUCUGGUCUUUCUCUCCUCUGACAGACAUCUGCCAUCACUACUGUGUGAACUCCAAGGCCUGUACAUUGUCCAGUAGUGGCCAUGUAGAGUGUGUGUGUCCGGCCAAAUACGAGGGCAACAAGUGUGAGGUGGACAAGUGCCUGAGGUGCCACGGAGCACCUUGCCUCGUCAACGAUGACACAGGAGAUGUGGUCUGCAAGUAAGUUGUUAGCAUCUCACAACAUUACUUUAUAUUCUGUGUUGGGUUAACGCCUUAGAGCUAAUGCUUGAUGUACUGUAGUUGAACAGUCUUCCAUGUAAUGUUUUACCAAAGUAUUUUCUAUGGUUCUAAUGCAUUAACAUUUCAUAGCUUCACAUUUUUCAAGGCUGUUGACACAGAAAAUAGGUCAUAAUCACAAGGUUAUCAAUCAGUAUUCUUGCACUCUCAAACAAACAAUGAAAGAAUGACAGAAAUUGUGGGACACAACUCAGUGACAGCAGCUUUCCUAUUUGUUCCUUCAGCUGUACUAAUGGCAGGAUGGCACCCAGUUGUCAGCUAUGUGACGGCUACUGUUACAACGGAGGUACCUGUCACCUGGACCCUGACACCAACCUGCCCUUCUGUCAGUAAGUACAGUAAUUAGCUAUUAGCAAUAGCCUGGAAUAACAAUAGCCUAGGAAAGUUAUCUUCUCUUUUCUUACUUUAUUCUUCAUUGCCAUUCAGUUGUGCCAAACAGCCUAAAGUGGAACCAAAUCUCCUUGGGCUUUUAUUCUAAUGAUUGAUUUUUGAAAGUGGUGGUGGCAUAGGGGAGUAAAAAAAAAGAAAUUACACAGGGCUAAGAUCCUAAGUAGAGAGAGUUUGACACCAGUGGGCGCAGGCCAUGUCACAGUAAGAUACAGGAUGUUAUGGCUCAAUAAGAUGAGUCACACCUGCCUCUACAUGAGGGGCUUUGAUGUGGCUAUAGAUCUUUAGAAAGCUAACCAUCUGGGGCAGUGUAGAAGAAAAUAAGCUCUGUAUGGGGUACAGUUACAGGAAGUAACCAUUAACUCAAACUACUGAAACGUUACUGUUCUGAACGUAUCACACUGUUCGUUUGUCAUUGUCUCCACUCUGUGGUAGGUUUCAGGAGAAAGCGUAUACACUAUUUUGAUCUUCAGUGAUAAGGAGUGUGUUAUACAAGUUAUGAGUGGCAGCAACUCCAUGGCAAUGACUGGUAGAGGACAAUAGGUUGGCUCCAGAGACCUGUGGGAAUCAUCCAGGAGAAAGAAUGCUCUGCGGUUCUGGUGGUCCACAAAGAUUAAUUUCAGCUCCGUUAUAAUCAAUGUUAAAGACCUCCCCACGGAGAUGAUUGGAAAUCCCUCUGAAAAGGGAAACCUUGUUGCUCGAACAAUCUUUUUUACUGCCCCAUUGUCCAUUGUAGUUAAAAUGAAAUUUGUGGCCAUGACUGGCAAGAUUCAAGGGAUAGAAUCAAUUUCUAUGCAAAUGAUCCCAUCUCGUUUUCUACGAGGUUAACAGAUCUUGAUAAUGUGGUUUAUUCAUUGGCUGCGAGGCAUAGAGAUUAGGUUAGAUGAUGGAUACGUCUGUGUCAAGAAAUCAUAAUGUUUGACCUUAAACUAUAACAGAGUAAAUUAAUAUCUUAUCCGAGCCACCCGAGAAACUCCACAGGCAGAAAAAUCCUCAUUGAGAUGGUAAUUUUCUGAUAACUGUCUUAAAGGUCUAAGGGAUUUUCAAAACUCAUCAAUGUGUUCCGCCAGUAAAUAUAAUCAGUGUAUAUAAACAUAAAGUGGGCAUAAUAAUUGUUUUGAUGAAUUCACUGGGCACAGACUGUUUAUCAAGAUCAACGUGUUCAUAAAUAAUCUGCUUUUAAAAUGUUCUGUAAAUAAGCAUAGCGCGAAUACAUAACUACUGAAAACUUAUUUUUUGCCUCAAUGGAUGUGGUUGUCUUUAGGCUUUUGCAUUAAUUAUAAAAACAUGAAAGUUUACCAAGGGACAAAUCUAUUAAAGUAUUUUGUUUGUUGCCAUGCUGAAGGGUUUCCAUUUGCCUAUACAAUACCUACCCUGGUUGUUUUGAUCAAUACCACUCCACUACACUGUUUUACAGCUGCACGUCAGGGUUCAAGAACCAACGUUGUGAUGAGCUGGCCAACCCAUGUGAUUACUUCUGUCAGAAUGAGGGGAUGUGCACUAUCACUGCCCUUAACAAACCACGCUGCAAGUAGGUCCCUACCUCACUUCCUGUGGCUGUUCCAGGUCUCACCCUCCCCCCUCUGCCCUCUCGUCAUUCAGCUCCAUUUCAGUCAGUGUGAUGGUCAAUAUAACACUUUUCCCCCUCUAAUACAGUACCUACUCCCUCUUUAACUCACUGCUAACCAUCCGCAUCUCAUUCAGCCCGAGCUGACAUGCCCUUCGAGUAACAUUCAAGUGAUGUUGUGAUGUGACGUGACUAUAGGGGACCUGUUGUGACCUGCAUGUAUGGUGACUCAUUUUGCAAUGCAAAUUGGGAGACAAGAAAAUGGAACUUUGAGGAGUUGCAUAGUAUCUAGAUAUGAAAUAAGUACAUUCAAAGCAUGUCAAUGGUUAUGUUUUAGAUUAGAUUACAAACCAUGUUCUGUUCAUCAGAUCUUACCUAAUAUUUUUUCUAACAACAUUGUAUUUGAUAUUUUUCCCAUUCAAAUUAAUGAUUGUCCAUGCUGUGAUUCUUUCUAUGGGGGAAUGAUUCAUUGUUUGUAUGUGUGAGAUGCUAUUCUCAUUCUUAUUCCUGAUUGUUUGGUGUUGUGAUUCUUGGAGUGCAUGUAAUUUAGUGUAAUUCCAUACCUUCCGUCACCAUCCAGUUGCAGCCGUCAGAUCACUCAUGCUUUACAGACACAUCAGCGUCAAUCAAGUCCAAUCGGAAAUCACCUCCUCUAACUAGGGUCAUCACUCCCAUUGGAUACCAUCCAAACAGCAAACCAGAUGACUCCUUGUUUUCUUACUGUUUUUUGCUGAAUAUUCAUCAUGUUAAUCAGUAUGUUAUCUACUCCUCACUAUAUGUAGAUGUCUUCUGUGUGCUUUAUAUCAAAUCUACUGGACUAAAUCUGUAAUAUUUUAAUCCAUGGUUUAGUGUCUCCUUUGCUCCCAUAGUGAUCCUCCUAUGCGGGGAUUAAGGUAGAGAGCGCUAAGGACUAUGGUUGAUUUUCUCCUCUCUGAUUGGUCUGUUCUAGGUGCUCAGCCAAUUGGGCAGGGACACAGUGUGAAAGGCCCGCCCCCAAAAGCAGCAGAUUGGACAACACCAGUGGAAGUGAGUUCAGGAGUCACCACUCACCCAGUGUCAUACAUAGCCAUCCUCUGGUUAGUGUUUUGGUUAUGGUUAGGUGGAUUGUCAACACGUAGGCCUAACUAUAAACAGAGAGCAAGAGGCGAAGUGAGAGGGUCCACUCCCGUCAAUCUGUCCAAGCGGGAAUACGCCAAUAAAAGCAGACCAAUAAGCAGACCACCUGCCUUCCCAACAUUGGGACAACGACUUCCAUUUUUAGGCGGAGACCAUCUCGUCUUAUAUACAGUAUCUCUGCUAUAAAGCUCCACUCCACAUUUCAUUCUAAAUGCCUACUGCUUGCAAAAUCAAUUUUUUCAACUAUAAAACGUAUGUUUCUUUGCAGGACAAGGAUUGUCAUGACUUCAAAUACAUUUUUAUUUGUCACAUGCGCCGAAUACAACAGGUGUAGACCUUACCGUGAAAUGCUUACUUACAAGCCCUUAACCAACAAUGCAGUCUCAAGAAAAAUAAGAGUUAAGAAAAUAUUUCCUAAAUAACUAAAGUAAAAAACGUAAGUAACAAUAAAAUAACAAUAACAAGGCUAUUUACAGGGGCUACCGGUACCGAGUCAAUGUGCGGGGGUGCAGGUUAGUCGAGGUAAUAUGUACAUAUGGGUAAAGUCACUAUGCAUAGAUAAUAAACAGCGAGUAGCAGCAGCGUUUAAAAAAGGGGGGGGUCAAUUCAAAUAGUCCGGGUAGCCAGUUGAUUAGCUGUUCAGCAGUCUUAUGGCUUGGGGGUAGAAGCUGUUAAGAAGCCUUUUGGACCUAGACUUGGCGCUCCGGUACUGCUUGCUGUGCGGUAGCAGAGAGAACAGGCUAUGACUAGAGUGGCUGGAGUCUUUGUCAAUUCUUAGGGCCUUCCUCUGACACCGCCUGGUAUAGAGGUCCUGGAUGGCAGGAAGCUUGGCCCCAGUGAUGUACUGGGCCGUACGCACUACCCUCUGUAUCGCCUUGCGGUCAGAGGCCAAGCAGUUGCCAUACCAGGCGUUGAUGCAACCAGUCAGUUUGCUCUCAAUGGUGAAACUGUAUAUUUUUUUGAGGAUCUGAGGACCCAUGCCAAGUCUUUUCAGUCUCCUGAGGGGGAAUAGGUGUUGUCGUGCCCUCUUCACGACUUUCUUGGUGUGUUUGGACCAUGAUAGUUUGUUGGUGAUGUGGAAGCCAAGGCACUUGAAGCUCUCAACCUGCUCCACUACAGCUCUGUCGGUGAGAAUGGGGGUGUGCUCGGCCCUCCUUUUCCUGUACUUUCAAUAAUGCCUGAAUUGCUUCGCUUUGCUUUUCUGGUUGGCUGGAUGGAAGUUUCACCAUCCAAUUAUCUACAGGAGUACAAGUUUCAUCAUAGCACGAACCGUGGUGAUACGUUGGCACAUGAAAAUUAUUAGAAUAUGGCAAAUAUUAGUCAAUUAUUACAUUCUAUCCAUGCUGGCUUUGGCGAGCUACCUGAGACAAACAGGAAGGGGAUACAGGCUGUCGCCAAUGUAUUAAUGCGCAAUUUGCCUUAAUGGGUAAUGGAAACACUUUUUUUUUAUGUUUGAUGUCAUUACGUCCAGCUGUUUUUAUUGAGACGAUGGUUAAAUGGAAACACACCGUCACAGGCAAUUGUGGCAUCUAUUUUCUAUGCAAACUUUCUAAAUGUCGACAAAAAAUCACUGAACAAGUUAAUGGAAACAUAGCUUGUGAUAACAGUAACAGGAAUGCAAUUCCAUCCUUUAUCUUAUCUGUGUUUCAGGGAGCAUAGCCAUCAUCGUGCCUCUGGUCCUGCUGGUGAUCUUGAUCACAACGGUGGUGGCGGGCGUUUUCAUCUGCAAACGAAGGCAGAGGUACAAUAGGUUAAGCCUAAUAAGUAACCAUGCUGGCUGGUAUGUCCUGUGAUAUGUGUUGUAUGUCUUGUAGUUUUAUGUGUAUGCCAGGAAUGCCUGUAUUAUUGCCAGACAUAUUUCCAUAUGGGACAAUUAAGUAUUCACUUCAAUUUAAAUUGUGGUGUGGCUGGUGAUCUCCGGUAAAACAUACCAUGUAUUAUCUCUUGAUAAUGAGUGCUGGUUGUCCUCCUUAUCCCAGGGGGAAGCGGGUGACAAGGCAGCCCAUGACGAAUGGAGGGAUAAAUGUGGAGAUAGGAAACCCUUCCUACAACAUGUAUGAGGUCGACCACGACAACCAUGCAGAUGCUGGCAGUCUUCUGCGACCAAACUUUACACUGGACCCUCAUAAGGUUUGUAUUGGCAGACUAUGUACAAAAUCAGCCAUUUGUUUUGUGCGUAAUAACAUGUCGUGUAAAUGCAAAAACACACAGAUUGGUAGAAUAUUGUAAGUGUGUAUUGUUGAGGAAAACUGUUAUUGAUGUUUCAAUAUUUAUUUGGGAUAAUAUAAUUUACAGAGACAUAACAUUGUAGUCUCACCUGUUAAUACAUCAGUAUGCAACCAUCAUCCAUCCUAGUCAUGUAAUCAGUAGUGUGAUAGCAAAAUGAGGCUUAAGAAUCUCCUCUUGUGGCACACCAGACCGUCUAUCCACGGUUUAAAAUAAAUGUGUAGUUAUAUUGGCAGAUGGCGCAUAAACCUCAGGUAUAUGGAGAGAAACAUUAAGGUGCUCUGUACCAUGGGAACAUUGUAUCUGCUGUUGAUUAAUUUUCUUCAUAGGUCUCAGCACUGCACUAACGCUCCGAAUAUCAAAGAAAUCAUAACAGCUUUACUGAUCUAUCUUGUUAUCUAACUUGCCUGCUACCACUUCAAGCUUAAUGCGUUUAGUUCUCGCCAUGACAACUUUGACAUCUGCUAUUGUCAGUCCCACCUGGAUCCCUUUUCAUUAGAAAGGUAAAGGCAGACUGAAUCACAACUAGCGCACUCCUCCACUCUAUCAGUGGAUGCUGUAGGUGAAAGUUGCCAUGGUUUUUUGUUGAGUUUGCAUCCAAAAUCUAAGUUCCAAAACCAAAAAUGGAUUGACAAUCUCAUUUUCUAGUCAUCACAUCAUUUUGAGUUCCUCACUGAUGUUGAUAUAUGAUGGAUUUUCAAUUGGAUUUUAUCCAUAUACACUUGUGGUAAAGCGUUUGUUGGUUGACAACAGCUUGGCAUGGUGAACAUCGGCAGAACUUGUGUGUUGCAGGGCUGGUGUGUGAAGUCCAGUGACCCUGGCACCCUGGGCAUACAUACUGUGCCCAAGGAGGUGAUACCUGGACAGGUGAUUUCUCCUGUCCUUCCCCUUAGUUUAGACCAGCCAUUCUCAACUGUUGUGUCAGGAAUAUGGGCAGAAUUUAAAUAAUUGACAAUGAAAAAGGUGGGACUGUGGUUCCCUUGUCAUAUAAUUGGUACAUUUACUAUCAAUAUAGCAUUACAAAUAGUUUUCCAGAUCGCAUUAUGGCAACAACAAAAAAAUGUUGAUGCGAAUAUUGGAUCACUAAUGAGACAACCUGUUUCAAUUUGGGUCUCGAGGCAAAACCAGUUGAGAACCACUGGUUUAGACAACCAAUCUCAUACAGAGGGAGCCAUAAUGUCUUCCCAUUCACUAUAAAAGGAACAGAUGUGAGCUGUAGAAUGUUUGUACAUCUCCUUUUGGCAGGAAGCCUGCAGACAGAUGUAGUGCAUUUUAGUGAUUUUAGGUAUAAUUCAAUUAAUCUUGAAGUAUUUAAAAAUGAAAAGUAUUGUUGCACUAGUAAAGACGACCACUUCUGAAUGUAUGCUACCACCAAUUUGGGAACAAACAUCCCAUUGGAAAAGCUCAGUCUUGCUAAUUUCAUAUGCAUAUUAGGAGUAAACAAUGCAUGUUUAAUACCGUAUCUUUGACUAAUGUGCAUGAGCUAUCUUCUUUCUUUCCUGUUACCUUGCAAUAACAGUUUUAGCUGAUAUGUUUAUCUUUACCCUUCUUGAUUAACUUUAACAUAAAAAAGUUGUCUGUUGCCUCUGUAACAAGAGAUAACAAAGCACUGUUUCCUCUAAGCUGACUAUUAGUACUGUGUUUAUUGCAGUGCAACAUGAGAGACAUUUAACAUAGAAAAAUCAAGGUUGUCUGUUUCCUCUGUAUCAAGAGAAAUCAAAGCACUGAUGUUUAAGGGCGUGUUCAUACGGGGCACCAAAUUACAUAAGGUAUAUUCUUAUGCAUUGUUGACAGCUGUGCUGAUGUGAUAUGUCUUUGUCAUAUAUGUAACAGCAUUUUUACUUCCUUAAUGCAGCCCAUUAACUACUCCAACCCAGUGUAUGCAAAGAUCUACCUUGACGGACAGAACUGUCGGAAACCGGUCAUCAACAUAGACGAGAGGAGAGAGCUACUCCCAAAGAAACUAGAGGGGACAAUUCGCGAAACCGCUGCAUAG